ACCACCGGAAUAAAAGGCAACGCAAGAAAUAUAGAGAGAGACAGAGAGAGAGAGAGAGAAGCUAGAGAGAGAAAGUCAGGUGCUGGUUGUGGACGCACGCCAAUCCUCCUCCUCCUCGCCACGACAAACAUCUCCGAAUUCCCACCAUUUUCAAGAACAUUGCAAUCACAAACCCUAAUCAUCAACAACGUCAUAAUCUAUCUGAAUCGAAUGGCUUGGAGUUAUUCUUCAAUUUUUAUUCUUGGAGCUCAAUAAACGACCGAGCCCAGAUUUCGUCCACAACGCCCACAUUUUGACAAAUGGCUUUCUUGACAGAGUUCAUGAGCUGGGAAUUUGAUCUAUAAAUAAUGGGGUAGGUGAAACAAUUGGGUUUUUCAAGUUCAACUUCACAUUUUUUGUGUGUGGAGUUUGGAAUUCUGUUUGUUUCAUGGGGCAGGAGGGUUGGACAGUGGCUUGUUCAAAUGGGUUUUUGUUCUACAACUGGACUACACCUGAUAUUGCAACUUGAAUGGCUGAACCCCAGAGGGCUAGUCUCGCGGAAAGAGACGUCGACCAGGCCAUUACCGUGCUCAAGAAAGGGGCACAUUUGCUGAAAUAUGGACGCAGAGGGAAGCCAAAGUUCUGCCCAUUUCGACUUUCUACUGAUGAGUCUAUGUUGAUAUGGUACUACGGCAAAGAAGAGAAACAUCUUGAACUACGUCAUGUUUCAAGGAUAAUUCCUGGACAGCGUACUGCAAUAUUCCAGCGGUAUCCUCGGCCUGAGAAGGAAUAUCAGUCGUUCUCUCUCAUAUACAAUGAUAGGUCUUUGGAUUUGAUAUGUAAAGAUAAAGAUGAAGCUGAGGUUUGGUUUGUUGGUCUAAAGGCAUUGAUUUCACGUAGUAGCUACCACAAGUUGGGAAGUCAAUCGACUUACAGUAUAUCAUCAGAUAGUCCACAAACUCGCAAAAUCUCUUCUUUGGUUGCAACCCUUGAUCAAGGAGAUACUCAACGAACAGAGAUCCUUCAUCACAGUAGUUUGGGGAAGGCAUUCUCUGACAUAAUUUCAGUUACUGCAGCAGCCAAAAGUAACACUGGAGUUGAAUCAUUAACCAAUUCCCUCAGUUCCUCAUCAUCGGCAGUUUUUGACAACUCAAAUGGUCGAAGUUCUGCAGCUGAGACAUAUCGAGUUAGCUUAUCUAGCGCUGUUAGUUCAUCAAGCCAGGGCUCUUUUCGUGAAGAUUUGGAUGCCUUAGGUGAUGUUUUCAUUUGGGGAGAAGGCAUUGGUGAAGGGGUUCUGGGUGGUGGUGUUCAUAGAGUUGGUAGCUCAUCUGGCACCAAGAUAGAUACUGUUUUGCCUAAGGUAUUGGAGUCAACAGUUGUGCUUGAUGUUCUUAAUAUUGCUUGUGGAGGUAGGCAUGCUGCAUUAGUUACCAAACAAGGGGAAAUAUUUAGUUGGGGGGAGGAAUCAGGGGGUAGGCUUGGGCAUGGAGUAGAAGAGGAUGUUUCCUAUCCGAAGCUUAUUGACACUCUUAGUGGUGUGAACAUUGAACUUAUAGCAUGUGGGGAAUAUCACACCUGUGCUGUUACACUUUCUGGAGAUCUUUAUACAUGGGGUGAUGGUAGUCAUAACGCUGGUUUGCUUGGGCAUGGAAGUGAAUCCAGUCAUUGGAUUCCUAAGAGAGUAACUGGCCUCAUGGAGGGUAUGCAUGUAUCAUUUAUCUCUUGUGGACCUUGGCAUACAGCUGUUGUAACAUCCACAGGCCAGUUAUUUACAUUUGGAGAUGGAACUUUCGGGGCCCUAGGACAUGGAGAUCAUAGUAGCACCAGUAUUCCAAGAGAGGUGGGAAUGCUGAAAGGACUACGGACAGUGAGGGUUGCUUGUGGUGUUUGGCAUACUGCUGCAGUUGUUGAAACGAUGAUUGAAUCUUCUAGCUCUGGACCUUCUGAUGACUCUUCAUCUGGAAAGCUGUUCACCUGGGGGGAUGGCGAUAAAGGCCAACUUGGACAUGGUGAUACAGAACCUAGAUUAGUCCCCAAGUGCGUAGUUGCGUUGGUUGAUACAAGUGUGAGUCAGGUAGCAUGUGGGAAUAGCCUAACUAUUGCUCUUUCAAACUCAGGACGAGUAUACACAAUGGGGAGUACUGUUCAUGGACAGUUGGGGAAUCCUGUAGCUAGUGGAAGGAUUCCCACUUGCAUUGAAGGUAAAAUUGCUAACAGUUUUGUAGAAGAGAUUGCCUGUGGUUCCUAUCAUGUUGCAGUUUUGACUUCAAAAACAGAGGUUUAUACUUGGGGAAAAGGUAGAAAUGGGCAACUAGGCCAUGGAGAUUGCGAAGACCACAAUACACCUACCCUUGUUAAUUUUUUGAAAGAUAAGCAAGUAAAAAGUGUAGUGUGUGGUUCCAAUUUUACUGCUGUUACAUGUAUACAUAAAUGGUUAUCUAGUGUUGAUAAUUCUGUGUGCUCGGGUUGUCAUAAUCCAUUUAAUUUCAGAAGAAAACGUCAUAACUGUUACAACUGCGGGCUUGUCUUUUGCAAAGCAUGCAGCAGUAGAAAAUCCCUAAAAGCUUCCCUGGCUCCAAGUAUGAACAAGCCAUAUCGUGUCUGUGAUGAUUGUUUUACAAAGCUAAAGAAGGCCACAGGAUCUGGUUCUGUUGCGCGAAUUCCUACAGUCAAAAGUGUAAAUAUACUUCAGAAGUCCAAUGAGGUGGUAGAAAAAGAGACUAGAAGUCCUCAAUUACAAGGACAGUUUUGCAGACUCUCAUCUGCUAACUCAUUCAUUUUGGCUGAAGGCAGAAAUUCAAAGGGCCAAAUGAAAGCAAAACUAAAUGGCAGCCAUGUAUUCCCCCUUCUGAAUGGAGGUAUUAAGAGGGGAAGCAUUGCUACGUCAAAAGCAUCAACUUCUAUAGUUGGAGCUUCAAAGAAUUUCUUUUCAGCUUCUGUUCCUGGUUCUAGAAUAGUUUCUCGUGCAACAUCUCCUCUUUCAGGAAAAUCGAGUUCAUCUCAGUCUAUACCACUAACAUCAUCAGUGACUGUUCUUACAUCUGGAGUGAUUCUUGAUGAUUCAAAGCAUAAAAACGGAAGUCUAAGCCAAGAAGUCCUCAAUUUAAGGGCACAGGUUGAAAAUCUUACUAGCAAAUCGCAACUUCUUGAAGAUGAACUGGAGAGAACAUCAAGACAAUUGAAAGAGGCCACUGCAUUAGCAGCAGAUGAAGCUGAAAAAUGCAGAGCUGCGAAGGAAGUAAUUAGAUCUCUAACUUCACAGUUAAAGGAUAUGGCUGCCAAAGUGCCAGAUGGGCAUAUUGCCAGCAGGAAAUUAGAUUCUCUUGUUGGACACGCAUCGAGUAAUCCAAAUCUGCCUCCUAAUGAAAGUAACUUGACAUGCCUAGAGCCUUCAAAGAGCUUGUCCAUUGACAAUCCAACUAAUUCAUUUCCAUCAAACGGAAAAAAGGCUCAAGCAGACAAGGCAGAAAGGGUUGUACAAGAUGAACCGGGCGUGUACAUAACUCUUUCCUCCUUCCCUGGGGGCGGCAAUGAGCUCAAACGAGUUCGCUUCAGUCGGAGGCGUUUCACCGAGGAACAAGCAGAGAAGUGGUGGGCUGAAAAUGGGGAUAAAGUCUGUGAGCGGCAUAAUGUACGAACUUCAGAGUAGUAUCCAGCUGUAACUAUCAGGGAUAAAGUCUGCAGAGGCAGCUUAAUAGAUGAACUUCAGAGUAAUAUUCAGCUGGUACCCCAUGGACAAAAGAGAGCCUGACAACUCUUUUUUAUGACCCUCUCCUCUAACUGAAACUGUAAAUGUUUUUUAUUUUCUUGUUUUUUCCCCUCACUCAGUGGAGUAUCAAGGAUCCUGGGUCAGACAUUCACAGGUAGAUUAAGAUGCAAGGAAAGUAAGAAGGUAGGAAAGAAUGUAAAAAACGAUCAAGUGACAACACAAUUUUGAUGAAUGUAAGCAGUAGCUAAUGUAAGUUUGUGCAGCUUUAUUUUCAUUCUUGAGAAAAGUUGACAAAGUUUUAGAUUUUCAGCUUUGGCGCUUUUCCUUACAUUUUACCUUUCCUUUUGUCUAAACGAAGUUCACGAAUGUAACCAAGUUCGAACUGUUUUCUGCCACGUGUCCUAAAGAUUUUGUAGUGGAAUGGGAUUUGUGGGUCCUAAAGCUUUGGGGUAUGCAUGAUUAAAAUGGGAAAGUCUUGAAUAUGAAUCCUGCGCUCCAAUAUUCUGCACUGAAACAUAAUCAAUGCCUUCACUCAAUCUUCCUGUUGUUAAGGGCAGGAUUGUGUUUCGGGGUAGCAAUGGUGCCAUUAUGCUUCUUGGAGUGUUUUCAGCAGCUCAUGCACGAAGUCUGCUAGUCAUUGAAGCUUUGGUGUUGUGACAAGAUUCUUUUAA